CGGAGAGAAGUCGAGGCUAUUUCCCUGCUUGCAUCAGGACACUGAGAUAUGCUGCAUGGCUGGACUUGGGGACUGAAAUACGGGCACAAGGUUGCUCACCCUUGCCAUACCUCCGGAGCGCAGCGGCGGGCAGGUGUGCCUCGCUUGUGCUUGCUGUCGGUUGCUGUACCGGCUGAGCUGCGAGAGCGGGUUGAGUAGUGGAUAAAAACGGAACCAUCUGAGGAGACCGCGUGUCAUGCGGGCUCGGGAGUCAAGUGCUUGUAGCAGGCUAUAAACCCGUGGACAGGAUCUGAUAGAUACGCGGAUAUGGGGUCCCUGAUGCGAGGCAGGUGGCUAAUGGUGCCGCUGCUGUUGCAGGCCUGGCUGCUGGCAUCCCCGAGCAGCGUCCGUGAGCGUCCGUGUCCUCGGAGCUGCCGCUGCGAUGGGAAGAUAGUGUACUGUGAGUCCAACGCCUUUCGCGACGUGCCAAAGAACGUCUCCGGUGGGUGCCAGGGCCUGUCCCUGCGCUACAACAGCCUGGUGAGCCUCAGGGCCGGCCAGUUUGCCGGCCUGAGCCAGCUUGUCUGGCUCUACCUGGACCACAACUACAUCAACACCGUGGACAGCCAGGCCUUCCAGGGAGUGCGUAGGCUCAAGGAGCUGAUUCUGAGCUCAAACAAGAUCACACAGCUCCAAAACGCCACUUUCCACACCGUCCCCAACUUACGAAACCUCGACCUGUCCUACAACAAGCUGCAGGCCCUGCAGCCAAACCAGUUCCAGGGUCUCCGCAAGCUGCUCAGCCUCCACAUCCGUUCCAAUUCCUUGAAGAGCGUCCCCGUGCGAGUCUUUCAGGACUGCCGCAACCUGGAGUUUCUGGACCUGGGCUACAACCGACUGCGCAGCCUCACCCGCAAUGCCUUCGCGGGGCUGCUCAAACUGACUGAACUGCACUUGGAGCACAACCAGUUCUCCAAGAUCAACUUCUCACACUUUCCACGCCUCUACAACCUGCGGGCGCUCUACCUGCAGUGGAACCGCAUCCGGUCCAUCAGCCAGGGGCUCACCUGGAUCUGGACCUCCCUGCAGAAACUGGACCUCUCGGGAAACGACCUGCAAGUUGUGGAUGCCAGUAUCUACCAGUGCCUGCCCAACCUGCAGACACUCAACCUGGACUCCAACAAGCUCAGCAAUGUGUCUCAGGAGGCGGUGGCAGCAUGGAUCUCUCUGACCACCAUCAGCCUAGCAGGCAACAUAUGGGACUGCAGCCCCAGCAUCUGCCCCCUGGUGGUUUGGCUGAGGAACUUCAAGGGGAACAAGGAGACCACCAUGAUUUGUGCGGGACCCAAGGAGGCCCAGGGGGAGAAAGUGAUGGAUGCAGUGGAAACGUACAGCAUCUGCAAAGCCACUCCGGCCCCAUCUGUCUCCACACCAUCCACCCUCCCCAAUACUCCAUCAAAACCCGAGCGCUUGCCCAUUCCCACUUUGUCCAGAGUGGGCGAGGAGCUGGCGGGGGUUGGUUUCGCCAGCCCCAUGCCUUCGGGGGCCUCCUCCACCAUCCCAGAGCAGGACUUUGAGCAUGUUUCCUUCCACAAAAUAAUUGCCGGCAGUGUGGCGCUCUUCUUGUCGGUAGCUAUGAUCCUGCUGGUGAUAUAUGUGUCGUGGAAGCGCUACCCCAGCAGCAUGAAGCAGCUGCAGCAGCACUCCAUGGUCCGAAAGCGCAGGAAAAAGGUGCGGGAAACAGAACGCACCCUCAACUCCCCCCUGCAGGAGUAUUAUGUGGACUACAAACCCACAAACUCUGAGACCAUGGACGUGCUGGUCAAUGGGACAGGACCCUGCACCUACACCAUCUCGGGCUCCAGAGAAUGUGAGAUUCCACACCAGGUGAGUGCACUGACGUUCUACAGGUACGAGCAGCCCAUAGUGGACUACUGCCAGGCUCACCAGCCUCUCCACCUCAACAUGGGCUUCGAGGGCGCCCCCCAGGGACUGGAGGACCUGGGACCACGAGAGCGCGGCACCAUACAGACUAUUGCCCUUCCCUCUGUGCCUGCAGCCUCUCUCACAGACCCUCGGACCCCCCCGCAGUGAGAUCUGCUGGGGGAGGGGUCCACUGCCCUGUUUCCACCCACUGACUGGGAUUGCAACCCACUUUUAGAUGUUGACCAGGCGGGUGUGGCCUUGGAGGAGUGGAGGUCAUUGCAGGAGGUGUAGGGGCCUUAUUGGCAGAAUCAGCUGCAAGUUUCCUUUGAGCACGCUGGCUGUAUUGGGUAGUUCUGAACAGGGUGAACCUAGUACAGGUUAUCACUGCAGUGGUGGCGAGCAAUGAAGCAAUGAAUAAACUUAAGGGUCACGCCUGGGUGUGGUAAGAAGCAGUAA